AGUUCAGAAAGUUUACUUGUUCUGGAUUUGAAGAAACUAUUCUUUUUGAGGAGUUUUGGUUUGCAAACAGAAUACAUCUCUUCAGUAUCUUGAUCCAUCAGUCUAGGUUUGCAGCAAUGCAUAAUGUUUUCACUGUUAGUUGUUACUACGCUGCAGGUGAGCGUUCAGACUGGAGAAAAACGUUCUGAGCGAAACAUUGACAGACAUUAUCAAUCGGAGUUGACUGUGCUGAAUGGAGGGGGCUGGGUGUUUUGGGAUGAGAGAGACAUGUGUCCAGAUGGAACUUAUGCCGCAGGGUUCAGCCUAAAGGUGGAAGCUCCUGUUGGUCGAGAGGAUGACACUGCACUCAAUGGGAUUCGUCUUCACUGCAUUGCAUCUGAAGCCUCAUCAAACUCGUAUCACCGCUACUCCACAGUUCAGUCCGGUGUAGGCAGCUGGGGUCGGUGGACCGAUCUCAAAUGGUGUCCUUCUGGAUUCUUAAUUGCGUUUCAGUUGAGAGUUGAACGCUCUCAAGGAAAUGAUGACGAUACGGCCGCAAACAACAUCAUCCCUCUGGGCCUCUGGUUUACAAGGUGACGGCACAAGCUGGGGCGACUGGGGCUCCUGGAGUCCAACGUGUGGCGGAAAAGGGAUUUGUGGUCUCAAGACACGGGUAGAAGUACCUCAAGGAUGAGAUGACCCCGCUCUC